UUUCUUUGAAAAAAACAACAACAACAAAAUUGUUAUAUUUUCAGGUGCACUCUGUUACCAGAUUUUUUCAUGGCUUUUCCAAUAUUAUUGUAUUUUGGGCUUUGCGUUUAUUUACACUUCUUGGCUGCAAUUUAUAUUCAGAAAGAUUACGCAACAAAUACCUGCAUACGAAAUCACACAACUCUAGAGCUUCUACUAGCUUCAAGCUUAAAAUAUGCUUUUUUGAGUAAUCCUCCUGUGUGCGAAUCCAACGAUACAAUGCCGGUGUCCAACAGUGUAGCCACUGUUAAAAAAUCUUUUAAAAAGGGUUUAUUUGCACAUUUUGGUAUCAAAAAACUAAAAAAAAAAAAUCAUCGCGAGAAAAGACAAACGCAAGCUCCAACUUGGAGACAGCCAGCUGGAAUGCCCCAAGGAACAGUUAUUACAUAUUGCAACUCUUCUAGUUGUUGUACACCUAAAAAAACACUUAUUCCACUCGGAAACACGUACAAUCUUUGUAGAGAAUGUGUUCAUCUUGUAACUUUACCAGGAAAUUAUUCUCCUCGUAAUCACAACCAUGUCACGUGUCAAGACACCGAUUAUUAUGAAACUUGUUUGACAGGUGAAGGCUCGUGUACGACAAACACAAUGGCAAAAUCGGUGACAUUUAACAAUGCCGGUUUAUCACAAACAGUGACAUUUAUGUUUGGAGCAUCGUGUUCAUGUGAAAUUCGCACAGAUUCAAUAUUUGCAGCUUUUAUUUAGAAUUUUUCUUUAGAAAUUUAAUUAUUAUAUAAUUACUUGUAAAUACUUGAUUUUAGAUUUUUAUGAUACGUAAUGUUCUAUUGUCACUUUAAUGAUUUAAUAAUACAAUAAAAACUUUCAACAUUUGCAAGA